GUUGAUCCACAAAUCACUGUUGGGAUGAAGCUUUAUGGCCUUGGAGUCCUGGUAGCCAUCUUCCUCUGUGAGCACCAUGGCCUCGCCUUUCAGAGGGGCCAGGUUUUAUCUGCUCUUCCUCGAACCUCGAGGCAAGUUCAAGUUCUACAGAAUCUUACUACAACCUACAAGGUUGUUCUCUGGCAACCAGUAACAGCUGAAUUCAUUGAAAAGAAAAAAGAAGUCCAUUUUUUUGUGAAUGAAUCUGAUGUCAGCGAUGUGAAAGCCCAUUUAAAUGUGAGCAGAAUUCCAUUUAGUGUCCUGAUGGAAGAUGUGGGGGAUCUGAUUCAGCAGCAGACUUCCAAUGACACAGUCAGCCCCCGGGCCUCCUCCUCAUACUACGAACAGUAUCAUUCACUAAAUGAAAUCUAUUCCUGGAUAGAAGUUAUAAUGGAACAGUAUCCUCAUAUGCUCCAAAAAAUCCACAUUGGGUCAUCCUAUGAGAAGCGCCCUCUUUAUGUUCUAAAGGUUUCUGGAAAGGAACAAACAGCCAGAAAUGCCAUAUGGAUUGACUGUGGGAUCCAUGCCAGAGAAUGGAUCUCUCCUGCUUUCUGCUUGUGGUUCAUCGGCUAUAUAACUCAAUUCUACGGGAAAGAAAAACUAUAUACCAAUCUUCUGAGGCACGUGGAUUUCUAUGUUAUGCCAGUGAUUAAUGUGGAUGGCUAUGACUACACAUGGAAAACGAAUAGAAUGUGGAGAAAGAACCGUUCUUUCCACAAGAACAACCACUGCAUUGGAACAGACCUGAAUAGGAACUUUGCUUCCAAACAUUGGUGUGAGGAAGGUGCAUCAAGUUUCUCAUGCUCUGAAACCUACUGUGGCCUUUAUCCUGAGUCUGAGCCGGAAGUCAAGGCAGUGGCUGACUUCUUGAGAAGAAAUAUCAACCACAUUAAAGCUUACAUCAGCAUGCACUCAUACUCCCAGCAAAUACUGUUUCCGUAUUCCUAUAACAGAAGCAAAAGCAAAGACCAUGACGAACUGUCCCUAGUGGCCAGAGAAGCAGUUCAUGCAAUUGAGAGUAUUAAUAAAAACACAAGGUAUACACAUGGCAGUGGCUCAGAAAGUUUAUACUUAGCACCUGGAGGUUCUGAUGACUGGAUCUAUGAUUUGGGCAUCAAGUAUUCAUUUACAAUUGAACUUCGAGAUAAAGGCAGAUAUGGAUUCUUGCUGCCUGAGAGAUACAUCAAACCCACUUGUGCAGAAGCUCUGGCUGCUGUCUCUAAAAUAAUUUGGCAUGUUAUCAGAAACACUUAAAAUCCUUGCCUGUACGCCUGUAUUUUUAAUUUACUGAUUCCAGCAAGACCAAAUCCUUGUUACCAGCUUCUUCUAGAUUUGAUCUGUUUGCUUGGUUUUGUCGAAUAAAAUACAUAAUACUUAA